AUGGGCGGUCUGAUAUAUAGGGGGGGGAAAAAAAGCAGAACCUGUGAAAGGAAUUGUGGAUCUAGACACAACGGGAUGAAGGCUGUGUUAGUGAUUGCAAUGUGCCUGAUGGCUCUGGCCCUGGCCACUACUCAUGAAACCUCUGAUGAAAGGGGCAUUAUCAUCAACCUGAAUAAUGGGGAGCUGUGCUUCAUCAGUGCACAGUGCAAGAGCUCCUGCUGCCAUCGUCAUUCUGCUACUAGCCUGGCUCGCUGCGCCCCACGCUCUGCAGAGAAUGAAGUAUGCUCUAAAAAGAGCCUGUAUGGAACAUAUUACUACUGCACUUGUGAGGACGGACUUAAAUGUGAAGGUGACUGGUCCGUUGGAGGAUCCAUCGUCAACACCAACUUUGGAACUUGCAAAGACCCCCAUCAGGUUUCGAAUACCAGCAACUAAUGCUUUCUACACAACACAGAAUGGAACAAAGUGAAAACUCAAAUUGUGCAAAC